CUGGGAAUGCUGGAGAGCCCCCUAUAACGACGACGACGACGACGGCGACGACAUCAUGCAUUAUCCCCCCCUCAAGGCCGGCAGCCUCCCCAACGGCAACGGCUUCACGUCAGCGCCAAACUACUCGGCAACCAAGCACAAGGCCAUCGAAGAUGCGCGCGCCGCCCAGGCCCUCGUGCUGCGCGAGUGCGCCGCGGCCGACCGAGAAGCGCCGCCGUACCAGCUGCUGGAGCUGAUCGGAAAGGGCAGCUUCGGGCGCGUGUACAAGGCCCGCGGCACAAAGUCCAGCCAGCUCGUGUCGGUCAAGGUCAUCAGCAUCGAGGAGGGCGACAACAUCCAGCCAGGCGCGGCCGACACGCUGGGCGACAUCAUCAAGGAGGUCAACACGCUGAAGCUGCUGAGCAACACCGGCGCCAGGAACGUCAAUGCCGUGCUCGACACGCACCUGGUUGGCCAGUCGGUAUGGAUGGUCACCGAGUACUGCGCCGGCGGCAGCGUCGCGUCGCUGAUGCGCCCGACCAGCGGCCUGGCCGAGCGCUGGAUCGUCCCAAUCUUGCGAGAGGUGGCCGAGGCGCUGUUCUGGGUGCACAAGCAGGGCAUCAUCCACCGCGACAUCAAGUGCGCCAACGUGCUCAUCACCGAAGCGGGCGGCGUGCAGCUGUGCGACUUUGGCGUGGCCGGCAUCAUGGAGACCAAGUUCGACAAGCGCAGCACCAUCACCGGCACGCUGCACUGGAUGGCCCCCGAGCUCUUCGACCCGCACGUCGCCUACGGCAUCGAGGUUGACAUCUGGGCCUUUGGGUCCAUGGCCUACGAGAUUGCCAACGGCCUGCCGCCAAACGCAACCGCCAGAAUCAAUAUCCAGCAGUUUGGGGCCUAUCUGAAGCAGCAUCGACCUCGUCUUCAGGGCGACCGAUUCUCCGAAAACCUCAAGAAUCUCAUCGCCUUUUGUCUGGUCGAGGAUCCCAAGCGACGGCCGCCUAUCGAAGAGAUUCAACGACACCCGUACAUCUUCAACACGCAGGACAGAUAUCCCACCGUCUCCCUGUCGAGGCUGGUGGCUGACUACAAGUACUGGGAAUCUCAGGGAGGAAGCAGGCAGUCUCUGUUCUCGGCCGGCGGCGCUCAGGGACCUCGAAUGGAUCGAUCGCCCGUUCGUCAAAGCGGAUGGGACUUUGGCAAUUUUGACGAGGUGGACGAGCUCAUGUUCCAAAACACUGCUAAGCCGCGCGUCCCUACUCCCGACUAUUACCCCAGCGUCGCCUCAAGCCCUGAACCUGAACGUACGGCACGGCCGAUGCAGCGUGGUCGUCGCAGGCGGCCACCCCCAACCAUGAAGGAGCUCAAGGCUCCUCUGGAGAAAGUCUUUGACCCGUACACCAUCACCAACUAUGGAGAGAACUCGAGAGCCUGGUAUGGCAGGAUACCUAUGCCACCUCCAACUUCAGCACCGCCGACACAGAGGAAACCAAAGCCCCCUACUUCGAAUCCCACGUCGAAUCCCACUUCGAAUCCCAACCGGAGUAUCAGUCCGAAUCCCAACGCGGAGCCUCCAGCCCCAGCUCGCGAAUCAUUAAUUGAUCUUGAUCUUGCCAUGGAUGAUAUCGGCGCUCCAUCUCUACCUAGCCUUGACGAAGAGACUAUCAAGCCAGCUGCGCGGCCCAUCUCAAUCGAUCUGAGCGGAUCCGCUGAUGAGCGACGAAAGACUCAGGACUGGAACUUUCCAACCAAGCGCGCUACUCAAGAAUGGUCGUUUGCUACGUCAGAUAAACGGGAGACGCAGGAGUGGACGUUCCCUUCCAACAAGCGUGAGACCACGGAAUGGAAAUUUCCGACUACUGAGAAGCGAAGCACCCAGGAAUGGACGUUCCCUACAGAGGAGAAGCGAAACACACAAGAAUGGUCAUUUCCCACGAGCAAGCGUGACACUACGGAGUGGACUUUCCCUGCCAUGACGCCCACCUCGGCUACCUCCACUCCUAAUCCAGACAUGUUUAGCGAUAAUGAAGAUUAUCCGACUAUAGUUCAUCAGGACGAUGACAUGGGCCCCUCGGUCAAUCGUGAAUCGGCCAUGAGUCUCAUUGAUCUCGAUGCCUCUCUGGCGGAUGACAUGAGCUACGGCGCUCCCGAUUCGUUCGUGCCAAGCUCUCAUGUUCGAUCAUCUGGUUCGGUCCACGGCUCUCUAGCGUUCGACCUAGAGCUUGAGGCGGACGCUGCGGACAUCAACACAAGAGAACCCUCGUUAUACAUUGAUGAUGAUAUGGAGUCGGUUCCUUCCCUCACGCGGCAGCCGAGCGACCUACAGAGCACUCCCACCACCCCUGAUGAGAGAUCAAACAUUGCGUGGGAUUCAUCUGGCCUGGGAAUCAUGACGAGCGCUCGAAAUUCCCUCGUGAGCUCUAUGCCGUCCCUUCCUGCUGCCCCUUCACCAAAUGUCCUGCAAGGACUGGGUUCCCAGGAGGACUUGAAGAAUGAACUACACCAUAUGAUAUCGAGUAUGAGGGAACACCUCCUAUACGCGAAUGAUUGGUUGAAAACGUUUGAUACCCCUACAGAAAGAGAAGAAAGAGAAUACGACGAAGAAGAGGAAGAGGAAGAGGCAGAGGUAGAGGCAGAGACAGAGGUAGAGGCAGAAGCAUAGCCAGCGUCGCAUUGCAUUUUGCGC